CGCAGCGCCGCAUCGGCGGGAGCGGCGCCGAACCCACGGCUCUCUCAUCACUCAUCUCAUCUUUCGAAGCACACAAGGGUUGGCUGGCCGGGAGUGGGGUGGGGUGGGGGUGUGAGGAGUAGUAACAGAUGAAAACCUGGCGGAGGCAAGGCUGAGGAAGCAAUGGGUGGAUGCGCCGCGCAGGUCCGCUGAUCAGUUAGAGACACGGCGGAGCCGGGACUCCUCUGGAUACAGGUACACCCUCCUCCGGUACGCCCUCGUCGACCAGGAGCCGUCUGAGCGCCUCCGAACAUCCCGCGCGAAGAGCGCAUGGUCACGGCUGCGUUCCCCCGCGUGUAGGGCGCUGCUUUAAUGAAGAAACAGACCUUCUAACAGCCUCACUGAAGGGGACGCGGAGCCCUCCAGAGCAAGGAUGGGGUCGCCAUGGAAACCACUUCUCCUCCUGUCAAUCAUCAGUGGCCUUUCAGACUUCUCUAAAGCAGUGGCAGGGAGACCGGCCCCUUACGCGGCCGUUUUGAGAAUGAAACCAGACAGCUCCUCCUCGUCACUUGGCUACAGGGGCAGGUCUCGCCAAGACCACAGGUCCAGAUUGCCAGCUGAACCAGACUGGACUGGGCUCUCUGAACACUACCCAUCACCCCUCAGUGCACUGGGUUUUCAGGAAGAAUCUACCAGUGAAGAGAGUGAGGAGUUUGGACCUGUGUUUAUCCAGGAGCCUGACGACACCAUCUUUGCCCUGGAUUCUGACGAGAAGAAGGUGACAAUGAACUGCGAGGCGAGAGGCAACCCCCAGCCAACAUACAGAUGGACGGUCAAUGGAACGGAGCUGGAUCUCAGCACCGGUUUCCGUUACAGCCUGACGGACGGCAGCCUGGUCAUCACCGACCCCAGAGAAGAAACCGACUCGGGUCGAUACCAGUGCCAGGCUUCCAACAGCCUGGGCUCCGUGCUGAGCAGAGAAGCCCUACUGCAGUUUGCAUAUCUGGGCAACUUCAGCAAUCGGACAAGAGGGGCCGUGUCCGUGCGGGAGGGUCAGGGCGUGGUCCUCAUGUGUUCUCCACCUCCUCAUUCACCAGAGAUUACCUACAGCUGGGUGUUCAACGAGUUCCCCUCCUUCGUGGCAGAGGACAGCAGGCGCUUCGUCUCCCAGGAGACCGGGAAUCUGUACAUCUCCAAGGUGCAGCCCUCGGACGUGGGUAGCUACAUCUGCCUGGUGAAGAACAUGGCAACAGGUUCCAGGGCACUCAGUCCGCCGACUCCACUCACGCUCAGAACAGAUGGUAUAAUGGGUGAAUACGAGCCCAAAAUUGAGGUGCACUUUCCCCAGACAGUGAUGGCUGCCAAAGGAUUGACUGUGCGGCUGGAGUGCUUUGCUUUGGGAAAUCCAGUCCCCACCAUCACCUGGAGGAAACUGAAUGGCAAUAUCCCCAAGAAGGCCCGUCUACGCAAGUCCCAGGCUGUCCUGGAGAUACCCAACAUCCAGCUGGACGAUUCCGGAAGCUACGAGUGCAAGGCUGAAAACUACAGGGGCGGGAAUGCAUUUCGGGGACAGCUGCAGGUCUACACUUACCCACAGUGGACCAGUGUGAUUAACGACACGCGGCUGGACAGCGGAGAGGAGCUGCAGUGGGAGUGCAAGGCAACAGGAAGGCCACGGCCCUUGUACCGCUGGCUUCGCAACGGCACCCCUUUGUUCCCGCAGAGCAGGGUGGAGAUGGUGAAUGGGGAGCUCAUCAUCCGGGCUGUGCGGCCGACGGACUCUGGGAUGUACCAGUGCGUCGCUGAGAACAAGUAUGGAGCCAUCUACUCCAGUGCAGAGCUCAGGAUCUUGGCCUCAGCGCCCACCUUCCAGUCCAGUGUGGUGCGACUUGUGGCCACGCUGGGGAAGGACGUGUCCCUCGAGUGCAAGCCAAGAGCAUCUCCCAAACCUACAAUCACCUGGAGGAAAGGAGACAGGCGGAUACAGCCCAGCAAGAGGACCCUUCUGCUGCGGAACAACAGUCUGCGGAUUGUCAAUGCCACCCGGGCAGACGAGGGGACCUAUGUGUGUCGUGCAGAAAAUCAGUUUGGUGUGACAGAGAUGACAACUGUCCUCAUGGUGAAAGAGGCCAUGCGCGUGGAGCUGAGCCCAGCCCGGGUGGAGGUGACAGUGGGGGAGAGCGUGGUCCUCAGCUGCAAAGCCAUCCACGAUCCCUCCCUGGAUGUGGUUUUCUUGUGGAUGCACAACCGCCAGCCCCUCAGCUUCCACCAGGGAGGAGGACACUUUGAAUACAUUCAGACACAGUCUUCAAAUGCAGAUCUAAUGAUUAGGAACAUACUCCUGAAGCAUGCUGGGAGGUACGGCUGCCGAGCUCAGACCAGCGGAGACACGGUGUUCGCAGAGGCUGAGCUUCUUGUUCGAGGACCUCCGGGACCGCCAGGGAUCGUGAUUGUGGAAGAGAUCACAGAUACCACGGCGACUCUGUCUUGGAGCAGAGGGAUGGACAACCACAGUCCCAUUAGCUCUUACAACCUGCAGGCCAGGAGCCCCUUCUCACUGGGAUGGCAGACUGUACGGACAGACCCAGAACGUGUGAUUGGGGAUAUGGAGUCAGCAGUAGCUGUGGACCUCAACCCGUGGGUGGAGUAUGAGUUUCGAGUGGUGGCCAUUAACGCCAUUGGCACUGGGGACCCCAGCGCACCAUCUCGGGUGGUCCGGACCAAAGAAGCCGUUCCGUCAGUCGCUCCAACCAACGUAAGUGGAGGGAAUGGACGCAGACACGAGUUGGUGAUAUCAUGGGAGCCAGUGUCUGAGGAGUUCCAGAACGGGGAAGGCUUUGGCUACAUUGUGGCCUUCAGAGCUAACGGAACACGUGGCUGGAAAGAGAAGAUGGUCACCUCUGCUGACUCUACCACCUUUAAGUACCGGGAUGAGACCUUUCCUCCUUUAACCCCAUUUGAGGUGAAGGUGGGAGUCUACAACAACAAGGGGGACGGACCCUUCAGCAAGGUGGUCACAGUGUAUUCCGCUGAAGGAGAGCCUCGGGAGCCACCCACUGAAGUCAGUGCUGCUGCACUUUCCUCCUCUAAGGUCCAGGUGACUUGGAAAGCACCCAACCCUGCACCCGGAAGGCCCUUUGGAUAUGAGGUGAGCUACUGGAAGGAGGCAGAGUCAGAAGAGUCUGCUGGGAAGCUCAAGACCACAGGAAGUGAGACAUCCAUUGUGCUAGGGGACCUGGAUGGGAACACGCCGUACCUCAUCACUGUGAAAGGCUACAACAGCAUAGGCCAGGGUCCUGCCAGCAGUCCUGUCUAUGCCACCACUAUGAAAUCCCCUCCCAGUCGAGCCCCAAGCAACCUCAUGUGGAUUCAGGAGGGGGAAAACGUGUCUUUGGGGUGGGAGCCAGUGAAGGCGAUGGACAACGAGUCUGUGAUCAUUGGCUACAAGGUCCUGCUGAGACAGGAGGGACGCAACAACAGUCAAGAGGUGAGGACUCGCAGCCCAUCUGCAGUACUGACACUGCCUGAGGGAGGCACCUACAUCAUUGAGGUGCGAGCAGUGAGUGAGGGGGGUGAAGGGGCUGUCAGUGCCCAGGUCAGACUCCUCACCUCCUCAGGGGUCCGGGCAAAAAGUGGCCAGUGGUCCUUGCACAGCCUGCCCUGGGGCUCAGUAUGGACGCUGCUGCUCCUGGCCCCCCUGGUGCCUUAAGAGGACCUGGCGAGGCUCGAUGGCCAGGCUGCCCCAGCCCUUCACCCCCCCAGCCUAGAGCGGGAGAACUCCUGUUGCUCAGACAGCCUGCCUGCUUGGCCUUAUCCAUUCGACAUGGCCCCAGACCAGCCGAGAGGAGAUGCUUUUUUUCAGACACAGAGGGUUCAAAUUAUGCAUUUCUUCAUCCAUUUGAUUGAUCCCCAAAGCCAGGUUUUCCCCAUUGUAGUAUUGUAUUUACAUUGUGCCGACAGAGUUUUUCAGUCUUGUUCUUCAGCUAGACAAGAUGUAGGCAAUACUGACUGCCAUUAUACAUCCAAUAGAGCGUUUGUCUAGUGAUGAAGACCAUAAAUGGUGGGAGAGCCUCUGUUGUGUCCAAGCCACCAUCCUCUCAGGCUGGGUAUUUUAGUCACCCAUUUUAUAUCAGUUUUGCCUUGAGCUGCCUAACACAUUCUAAGCAGCCAGGGAUCCAUAGAGGUAAGUGCAUUGUUUUAUUAUUUACAUGGGGAGAAGGAGAAGUAGUAGUAUUAGUAAAAGAAGAAGAAGAAGAAGAAGGAGAAUAAGAAGGAGAAGAAGAAGAAAGUCUUUUAUAGUAUCAAGAGUCUUACUAUUUCCAGACCUGCUUUUUGUAUAUUGUGUUAUCUAUAGAAAAGUGGCGUGUGUGAAGGCUAUGUCAAAGGUCUCUGUUUUUUUUCUGAUAGCCAAACAAGCUGAACCUAUGGGAGGUGAAUGUUUUUGACAGACAGACGUGUGCAUUUCACACGUUGCGCCCAAACACAUCAUUUAGA